ACAAACAAGCUGUUUAGACUGGGAGAGACGUUAGAUCGGCAAACAUCUUGUGGACAGGGAGUUCAGACAAACUGCGAAAUCCCCUUCUCCAGGAAAACAUCUUUAAAUGAUAAGUAAAAGCCCAGGGCAUCAGGGUGUAUCGGUGGCGUGGUGCGAGCAGCCUAGAGCUCCGAAGUCUAAACGCGGUGGGAAGGUCUGGGUCGGGAGCCACCCACAGGGAGUUCCCGGCUGAGGGCCAGGUUGUGGGGUCGCUCAGGUUGAAAGACUCGUCAAAGCCAAGCCGGCGUGAGUCAGCGCUGCCCCAGGGGCCCUCCGCCCCUCGGGGGUGAGUCGUUUUGCGGAGUGGUUUAGUAGGGCCGGAGAAACUGGGCCAGGCUGCACUUUUAGCUCGAGGGGCCUCGAGGACUCUCCGCGUCUCUGGAGACAAGGGCACUACACGCACUUCAGAAUGAAGAGUUGCGGGAGCAUGCUGGGGCUCUGCGGGCCGCGGCUCCCCCAGGCGGGGAUCCUGCUCCUGUUGCUGUUGCUGCCGCUGCUGCUGUCCACAGCCCCUGCGUCCCCUCGCGCUUCCUACAAGCCGGUCAUCGUGGUGCACGGGCUCUUUGACAGCUCAUACAGCUUCCGCCACCUGCUGGAAUAUAUCAACGAGACACACCCGGGGACUGUGGUGACGGUGCUCGAUCUCUUCGAUGGGAGAGAGAGCUUGCGGCCCCUGUGGGAACAGGUGCAAGGGUUCAGAGAGGCAGUGACCCCCAUCAUGGCAAAUGCCCCGGAAGGGGUGCAUCUCAUCUGCUACUCACAGGGGGGCCUGGUGUGCCGGGCGCUGCUUUCUGUCAUGGAUGAACACAAUGUGGAUUCUUUCAUCUCUUUGUCCUCUCCACAAAUGGGACAGUAUGGAGACACGGACUAUUUGAAAUGGCUCUUCCCCACCUCCAUGAGGUCUAACCUCUACCGGAUCUGCUAUAGCCCCUGGGGCCAGGAAUUCUCCAUCUGCAACUACUGGCAUGACCCCCACCAUGAUGACUUGUACCUCAAUUCCAGCAGCUUCCUGGCUCUGAUCAAUGGGGAAAGAGACCAUCCCAAUGCUACUGCCUGGCGGAAGAACUUUCUGCGUGUGGGCCGCCUUGUGCUGAUUGGGGGCCCAGAUGAUGGUGUUAUUACCCCCUGGCAGUCCAGCUUCUUUGGUUUCUAUGAUGCAAAUGAGACUGUCCUGGAGAUGGAGGAGCAACUGGUUUACCUACGCGAUUCUUUUGGGUUGAAGACUCUCUUGGCCCGGGGGGCCAUAGUAAGAUGUCCGAUGGCUGGGAUCUCUCACACGAACUGGCACUCCAACCGCACCCUCUAUGAGACCUGCAUUGAACCUUGGCUCUCCUGAGGACAUCCCAGGGAACCCCCAGGACACCCCAGCCCAGAGACCAAGUGGUGGCCUUGGAUAGCAGAUGCCGGGCUCUGGUGUGCCUGUGACCGCCUCAUUGUUCCCACUGCCCCCACCAACCAGGGCGCCCUUCUCUGCUCUUCUGUGAAUGACAAAUCCUGGUCUCCCCCACCUGUAUCUUCUCAUGUGGGGGUUUCUCCCUGCUCUCCCAUCCUCCAGAAGCCACCAAGGCUGGGAAGUGAGAAACCAGGUUUUUAACUCGUGGCUGCUGCUGCUGCUCCUUCAUCACUGGCUGUACAGGAGGGAACCCCGCCUCUGCCCACCACAGGGGUCUCCUUCCAGGCCACUCAGGACAUUUUUAGCUUCUGUUCUCCCCAUGUUCCCUUUUUCUCUGAACUCCCCUGUCGUCAGCCCUCCCGACCCCUAGUAAGGACUACUCACAAGAGUGGGGUUCUGAGGCUCUCCUAUGAGGACAGUUCCGUUCUUGAAGUGUCAGUGUUGGGGAAUAUCUGUGGCCUCUGAGGCCCAUCUCAGGUUUGGGGAUCCCCCAGUCCCUAUGUUCAGUGUUGGGGUACCCCUGGGAGCCUAGUUUCUUUGAGGCCCCAGCCCCUUUUAGCUACCCUUGAAUGGGUGUUACUCCUGUAUUUAUGGAAAUAAAGUUCCAUUUCCUCA